UCCUCCCAACCAUUUCCAUUUUUUAAAUGGCCCUCUCUUUGUAUCAGCACAAGCUUAGUUAUUGAUCAGAUAGGGGAGUUAUGCUUAUGGAUCCUACAGUCUCAUGUGAGGUUUAUUUCUCUUUAAUAUCUAAAAUUUCACCAGCUGGUUGAUCAGGCACACGGGAUUGUACCUGUCUCCCUGCUUCCUGCUUCCCUCCUCACAGGCUUCUUCCGUUUUCUUUCCACUUUGGGUAAACGGUCUUGGGAAAAAUAUUGGCUGAAAAGAGUAUAUUUCAUAACAUGUAAAAUGCUACUCUCUAAAAGGUGAAUUUGUGUACUCAGGAUACUAUACCACCAUCACCAUUUUUAGUUGGAGAGACAAGCAAUUCAACUGUUAGGACUAAGGUUAUAGAGUUGUGCCCUUUUCUGUCGAGAAACGUCCGAUUUUGUACUGCCCCACUGCUCACUUGCUUAAUUCUAAAGUCCCACAGCUCCGCCGGCCUCAGGGAAAUAUGGGUCUCAGCAUUCCACAGGGGUUAACCGGGCCGAUCUCUUUGCAGGACGUAACACCACCUGGCGGGCGGCGGUUCCCAGCCCUUCCGGCGGGUUUAGGACGCUGAGAAAGCGCGACUUCCCGCCACUGCACGUGGCCCGGCCGCUGGGGCUCAGGGGGUGGAUCGAUCGCGGUGCGUCCGGCCGCGCAGCGGGAACUCGAGGCCCCAUUGGCUGUGCCAGCGGGCGCCGCGGGGGCUCGCGCACCAACGGUCCCCGGGUUGGCGGCGGCGGCCUGGCGCUGGCAGGAGGGGGCAGGGAGAAGCGAAGGCCCGGGUUGGGGGGGAUCGAGAACGGGGUGUGAGAGCCAGGCUCGGCGGGGCGAGGCCCAGGGCCCGGGCGGGGCGAUGGAGGAGGCGCUGCUCUCCACCCCCAUCAACCCCAACAACUUCCCCGCCAAAUUGUGGCGGCUGGUGAACAGCCCCCGGUACCGCUCGAUCCGCUGGGACGGCCGCGGCGAGGGGCUGCUCAUCGACCAGCCGCUCUUCGAGGCCGAGCUGCUCAGCCCGCCCGUGGCGGGGGCCGGCGGCUGCAGCGGCGGCGUCCGGGGCGCCAGAGCCGAGCCCGAGCUCUUCAAAACCACUAACUUCACCAGCUUCAUCCGCCAGCUCAACCUCUACGGCUUCCGCAAGGUGGUGCUGGGCGGGCCGGGCGCGGCGGGGCCCGAGCCGGGGCCUGGGGGCGGCGGGCCGGCGGGCGACGGGCCCCUCCACCACUUUCACAGCCCACACUUCCGCCGCGACCAGCCGCACCUGCUCGUGCACCUCAAGAGGCUCACCAGCGCCAACAAGGCCAAACUGGCGGCCGGCCUGGAGGUGCCCUGCCGGCCGCCCAACCGCUUCCAGAGGCUCCUCAUCACGUCGGCCUCGGCCUCGGCCUCGGCCUCGGCCUCAUCCUCCGCCUCGGCCUCCGCCUCGGCCUCGGCCUCGGCCGCCACCUCCCCGCUGCCACAUCAGGAGCCGCCGCCGCCACCCGCGGGGUCCCAGCCCGAGUCGCACGGACCAGUGGCUGUAGGACAAUUCCACCGGUCGUUCCGGCGAGAUAGUUUGUCUCCUUACUCCUACGUAUCAGCUUCAUCCCACAACCACGGUCCUUUCCCUCUGAAAGGUUUAGAUCGGACCCCGAUUCCUCCUAGAACAUGGCAGAACUCUCUUGGAAUGCACCCAGGACAAGUGGAAACGUCUCUCACUUUUUCAGAUAAAGGGGUUCCAUUUCCUGUACUACAGAGGUUUCCAACUGAGGUUACAUAUACCCUGCAGCCCAGUGCCACAUCCGUACAUGUUCAACAAGGUCCUCAAACAAUGAUCAGCUCCUCCCAGAAAUAUAGUAACUACACACCGUCAGCGCAGUACUCCCAAGCCUACUAUCCAACAGCUGUGCUGCAGUGCUGCUCUCCUACCCACAUGGACGCGCUCAGUAGUUGUGUGACUCCCACUGCCCCUUCCUAUGCACACUGCAACUACUUCCAGAAUCCUCCAGUGCAAUCCUCCUAUCCAGUUGAAUUUCUGCCUUCUGAUUGGCCUUGCAGUGCUACUGAUGAAAAUAAAAAGUCAGAAUUAAACCUAGAGGCUGUUUUUCAGAUAGUAGAUGAGUUGCAUUCCUCCCCUAAAUUGGAGAUGGUAAAGGUGGAGCCUGUUGAGAAUCAGUGCUCAACAUCUCAGUCUAACAGAGGCCAACAUAUCCUAGCUAAUUCAAACAAGAGCAAUCCAUCUUCCACAAGUCAGGCUAGCCAGCUGGAGCCACUUACUGCUGUAGGCUCAGAUAUUACGUCUUUUGUGGCUGGAACAGAACAAGCAAUUACCUGCUCUCUACCACAGUCACCUGAGUACAACUAUACCAUCCACACAGCUCAGGCUGUUGAAAGCACUACAAUGCAGGAGUCUGCAGCCAGCCAGCAAGCUCAUGUCAAACCGAAGGAGCAGCUAAGUCAUAAUCCAUCUCCGUCUUCAGUAGUAUUUGUGCAGGAAGGGCUACCGUUCAGCACACAUGAGGUGGAUGCCAGUAUAAAAUGCCAGAUGAAAACACCUGAGAAUAUCUUGCCUUCAGAACAGAUGGGAUUCCUUAUUUCAGAAAUGGGGCCUGCUAGCAAGCCUAGUGAAGACACAGGUUUAUCCACUCCAGCCGGAUACAGAGAGCGAAGCAACUCACAGCAAGGAAAGUCCCCUGAUCUUCAUCUGCUGGUGGAUGUGGCCUGCAAGCAGGAGCACUUUCCACAGGAGGAAGAAUUAAAAGAGUGAGAAUGGAUGACAAACGUGACAUUGUGCACUGGCUGUAGCUGGAGGCAGACUAGCCUUGCACAUGACACACUGUUGGGGCUCUUUCAGUUCUUUAAGGAAAAAAAGUAUUUUUGUUUUGUUAAUUGAGAAUUUUGUUAAUUGAGAAUUGGGAAUUUGGUAUUUACUACAGCUGUUCGGUUCAGAUGGUUUACCUUGACAAACUGCCAAACAUCUAGCAGUCUUUUUUUUUUUUUGCUGCCCAGAUCCCUUUCAAAUGAAAGUUCCUGGUCUUCUGUUACAGUCAAAAAGCCUCUAAAAACAGCUGCAUCUAUGGUACCGGAGAAUAAUCUGUGUGGGUGUGCUGGUUUGUCGUCUUGCCACUCUCAAAAGUAGUCAGCACAACUCCGGUGGGGAGUUCAGUCUAUCUGUUUCAAGUUGCAGUGUGAUCCUUUUAGAGAAAAUUGUGUGAGAAACAAAGGCCUGUGAGGUAACCAAGAUCGCAGGUCUAAAUGGGUCAGGAAUUCCAGGGAGAAACCCUGGGAAAGAGUUAAUUUUCCAAGUGAUUAACCAGGAGAUGCUCUUACUUCCUAACCCAGCAUUCUGUUUCAAAAGCAAGGCGUCCGGACUUGGACCAUCCAUCACACUUAACAGCCCCUGAUUCUUUUAUAUUUACGGGAGCGUUCUUCUAUUUUCAUAUCUUUCUUUAAUUGUAAUGAUACAUUAUCAUAAAUGGUAAGAAGGUUUUGUUAAUAUAUCACUUAUUUAAUAUAUCUUCUAAAGAAAAGUAUUUAGCUUGUUGAAUAUAAU